AUGGCUAUGAUUUUUGCCGACAUCAAAAAAGCAUACUGCAACAUCUGCUGGAUGUUUAGAGGAAAGACUGAGUGGGCUGAUGGCGUGACCCUGAGCAAGAAGGACGGGCUUGUGAAAAGAAUUGACCUACACGAGAAGUCAAUUGGACACAGAGAGUGCCAUAAGAACUUUGCUAUGUGCAGUUCAAAGAUAGUCCCAUCGACCAUGCGAUGUUUGAAACAGCAAGGAGAGGAGGAGAACAAAUGGUCAAAAGUGAUAGAGCGGGUCAUUGCUGUUAUCACAAGUGCUGCAAGCAUGAACCUGCCUCUAAGGGGACACAGAGAAACAGUGGGGGAUGGAGCGUGUAGUGGAGGCAAUUUCUUGGAGUUAAUUCAAUUGCUGGCACAAUAUGAUGACUUGCUGAGCCAAACAAUUGGAACAGAAAAGGGUCGCCACAAAUACUUGAGUCCUACCGUACAAAACGAGAUUAUUUGCCUUAUAGCUAAGAAAACGACCGACAAGAUCGUCGAAGAAGUUAUCAAUGCUCCUUUCUUCGCAUUACUGCUUGACUCCAUGACCGACAUCAGCAAGAUCGAUCAACUAAGCAUAGUUGUACGGUAUGUUGUCAUGGAGGACGAGAAGUUCACAAUAAAAGAGAGUUUUCUCGGAUUUGUUGCGAUGAGUUCCUCAACUGCGGAGAACGUAGCGGAAACUAGACUUUGUCAGAACAAACUCCCUCUGGACGUCAAGAACUCCAAGAAGAGAGCAGAGAGACAGCUCUAA